AUGCCAGCCAAAGCUUCUCAUGAAGUUGACACGGAAACAGCACACACAUCCCUGGAUAAUAAUUAUGAGCUAAAAAUUCGACUGGAAAGAGCUAUUUCUGAUAAUUUAGACCUAAGAAAUGAAAAAUUGGAACUUGAGGCUGAAAAAUUACGACUAUUUGAAGAAUUGGAUAAAAAUAUAAAAGAAAAUGAGACAAUAGUGGAACGAAAUAAGGAUUUGAAGCUAUCCCAAGCUGCCAAUAAAACAACAAUUAAUAGACUGAAUGAAAUUAUCUCCGAGCAAAAGGCAGAAAUCGAAAAGUUUAAAUCUGUCAACAAUUACCUUGAGAAUGAAGAAAAAAACCAUCUUACUUCUGAUAAUGUAAAUGGAUUUUUAAAUGCACUAAACACUAAGGAAAAAAUUGUAUUUUUAAACAAUCGCAUAAUAGAACUAGAGCAAGUUAAUAAAACAUUAUAUGAUUUGCGUGACAACUGGAAAAGAGAAUGUAAUUCCAUAAACCAAGACUAUCUUGCACUGGAAAGGGAAUACAAGCGCUUGUUAUUCUCACACAAACCUCGUUCUGAGACAGAUCAAUCAAUUACUCCAACAAAAGCGCUAAACAAAGCACCAUUCGAGUUGAACAAGUCUGCAUUGAGAGAGAGAAAGCAACUCCCUAUUAACAACACCCUCGGCAUCAAAAGCGAAGUAUCACCAAGAAAUACUAACCUAUGGCCUCAAAAUAAAUUACACUCAAAUAAAAAUAGAUCUACUCCACCACUAAACUCAAAAAGGAAAGAGAAUAGCCAUCUGGGAAACAAUAGAACUAAACUCAAAAAUAAAAUUGACAGUCAAGCAGAAUAUAAAACACCCACGAGAAUCACGAUAUAUAAUUUCUUCAAAUCGCAAAAUAACUAG